AUGGGCACGCUGGAUGCAGCUGACGUUAACACGGUGUUGGCCAUUCUGGAUCCCAAAGCAUUCUAUGAUUCACGCUCUUCGAUUGGAGGCAGUCUGUUGGAGUUUCCGUUACCCGAAAGCGUGAAGUUGGAAAUUUGCCGGUUGUUACACACUCUCUGUGAUCUUCAGCUGCGUCAUCGCGUGGAGCAGGUGAUCAAAUUCGCGAAUACAUUCGUGCGUGAACUGCAGUCGGAUCAAUACUCUAGAUACAUGGCUAUCAAACUGUCCAACCUACCAUCUUCCGUAGCUGCGCGAAGAACGAGAGAGUUCCGCUGUCCAGCAACGGUACAGAUGGCGUGCCUUCUACGGAUGCCAGGUCCUGGAGGUCCCACUGGCAGACUGGAAGAGCUACCUGCGACGACAGAGACGCCUGUGGUUCAAUCGGAUGAUGGCGCCGCUGAGGAAGAGGACGAAUCCGAAGGCGAACACACGAACAGAUGCGCAGAAGAGAUCAAAGACAUGCUACGAAACUUCCAUAAGCUUUUGACCGACAAGUUUGGAGUCAUGAGACCGAAUGCUGAUGAAGCAGAUACAAGCGAACAAAUAGGCCGAGGUUCCGUCAUUGACAAUGAACCUGGUGAACCAGCUCGCGUAGUUACCGUGACCAAAGCUCCGGACAAUUUGAGUCUUGUAUCCUUCUCUCAAGUCUACCCACCGGAUGACCUGCAAACCGCUUUGUCUCGGUUGCCCCUUAUCCCACCCGAUAUGGGUUAUCCGGAAGAGGGCUCUGGAGUAUUACCAUGGCUGCUUCGAGAGGCUUGGAACCUGGCCACUCGAAAGCGUACCGAGAUCGUCACAUCGGAAGAGCAGCUGGAGCUGGACCGCCUGAUGAAAGCAAAGCAAAUAGAAGAGAUGAGCAAAGGUAACCUAAGCAGUCUAAUCGUUAAAACAAUUGUGAAGUGGGCCAGGUCCGAGUACAUUGAGAAUCUGGAGCUGAUACGUGAAAUGUUUUAUGCUCUGUAUCGCCAAUACAAUGCGAUCGAGGAGGUUCGAGAUGCCCUUUCCAAGACCUACGUCAUUUCUUCAUCAUCGCAAGAGGAAGUGUCCCGUUUAUUGCGCUCACUAGGGCGUGUACGAUGUCUACUUGGUGUCCAACUGGGUUCAAAUGAGGAAAUGCUGUUGAAAAAUUGCUUGUGGGACUUGAUGAACAACAGGAUCUUCUUUCAACAUCCCGAUCUGACGCGCUGCCUAUCGGUGCACGAAACGGUGAUGCAGCUCAUGGUACAGACCUUAACCAAAGCCACAUUGGAGCAGCCCGGCACAGCUUCAGCCGUUAUCGAUGUUUCAUCCAGCACGUCCACGGGUCACCCACCUGCUCAGGACAUCCACCUCGCCUCUCAGACUGGGCCGACUGGAACUGGGCUGCCGGCUGUACAGGAAGAAGCUUUGCAGUUAGCAACCACUCCCACAGAGCAGCGUACCAACGCGGGACCCACCGAGAUGGUCGUUCAGUGCUGCCGUUUCUUGUGCUACUUUUGUCGUACCUCAGGCGAAAAUCAGAAAGCCAUGUUUGAACAUCUGAGUUACAUGCUGGAAAAAUCCUCUAUGCUUCUUGCUCGACCGAGUCUCCGUGGGACAUGUCCAUUGGAUGUUGCUUGCUCGUCUCUUAUGGACAAUAAUGAGUUGGCUCUGGCCCUUAGAGAAAAACAGCUCGAAAAGAUUGCCGUCUAUCUAUCUCGCUGUGGAGUCCAGUCGAACGCCGAACUACUGGCUAAAGGCUAUCCGGAUAUCGGUUGGGAUCCAGUAGAGGGCGAACGUUUCUUGGACUUCCUAAGGUUCACGGUAUGGGUGAAUGGUGAGACCGUUGAAGAGAACGCAAAUUUGGUGGUGCGCUUGUUAAUCCGCAGACCGGAAUGUUUGGGACCAGCCCUACGUGGUGGUUCCAAAACCAUGAAGUCCCCCGGUGCCGCAGAUGGAAGUGAAGCUCCUCCCGGGGCCCCAAGGGACGGCCGAGAGGCAAGCGAUGCAGUUGGCUCUGAUGUUGAAAGUCAACAAACUUCUGUAGGUGGAGGCCUACUGAAGGCCAUGAAGGAAGGCUUAGUGAUGUCUGCACAGAUCAAACUGGUUAAAAUGGCACAGGAAGCCGAGGCGGCUGGAUUGAAUCCCGAGGAGGAAGAUCUUGGCUGGCGAACUGUGCUAAUGGAUUACGAAGACGCCAACUUGUUUGUGCCUCUGCCAUACAAUUUUGAAGGUUUACCGCCGGAAGAUAAUCCUGACUACAUCGACCUCGGGGCAGCCAUCCUCAACUUCCACUCGGUGCUGGUAAAUCUGCUGGGCAGAUGUGCACCGGAUCUGGAUACCACCAAAAGUGAAUCACUUCGUGCCCGCUCCAUCCUUCAGUCACUGGUCAGUAUGAGUGACUUAGAAGGUGUUCUAUCCCUACGUUUUAUCCUCCCGCCUCCAAAGUUGGAGCUUCAGACAAACGAGGAUGGUGAAGAAGAGUGGGUGGACAAGGCUGGAAUGCCGCCUGGUCUUCUGCCAGAACACAAGGCCUCAGUUGUACUCUUCCUAGAGCGAGUGUACGGAAUUUCAGACGCUGCCACCUUCCUAAGGCUAUUGGAGAAUGGAUUUCUCCCUGAUUUGCGUGCAGCUACUCUGCUUGACUCAGCGGUAGUGCCGGAUAGCGACAUGGCCCUUGCCAUUAACCGCUACUUGUGCAACAGUGUUCUCACUUUACUCACACGACAUGCUCACUUUUUGGGAGAAGGCGAUGCCGGAGGCCUAUUUGAAGCAACCUUACAAACUGCCUAUCGAUUGUCCAAGUGUCGUACCAUCACAAACCACCAACGCGAAGUUGUGUGCGACUUUUUGGUAGCGCUGAUGCAAGUGAUUCGGCCUCCAAUGAUGACUGCACUGCUCAGAAAGAUGGCUGUCGAUCUGCGUACCCUGUCCAAAGAGUCGGUUGUUUCGCUCCGUGUGCUGACCGAGUUCUACCAGCGUUGUGGGUCGUACUACACCUCAGAGGGCUGGAGCAACGAAGGUAAAUCGGCAAGAACGGUCGGAGGAAGUGAACAUGAUGCUGGAAAACCAGUUACCGGAGAGGCAACCGACGGAAGCGCCAUCCGUGGAGCCGGUUCUGGGACAGAAUCCAUUGCUACGGAAGAGGAGCGCAAUCUGACAGCGCAGUUGUUCAUCUUGAUAUUUGACAAUCUCUCUCGGCAGCCAUACGAACCAGAGCUAUUCUCUUACGCGCUGCCGUGUUUGUGCUCGAUUGGAUGUGCGCUUCCACCAGAUUACUCUAUCUCUCGUCUAAAUGCUGGAGGUCCACAAUCCCGGUUGGAACAGAACAGGGAAGACGGCGAAUUGGAAGGAUUUCCAUCUGCUUUCGAUGGUCUCGUGGCUCCAGAUGGGUCCCGCGCAGUUGGGCCAGAUCAACCGGAGGAGGGCAUGCACCACGAUGUCUUCAUUCCGCAACCCAUUGACGCAACACAAGUACGUCUACCAAAUUCGUUGCACACGCUGGUCGACCGUUUCGCGCAACAUUGCCACGAUUCUUGGGCUUUGGACUUAAUCGAACAAGGCUACUCUUACGGCCCGGUUGUGGAUGAGGUCAAACGAACGCAUCCUAACUUGUGCAGUUUCUCCAACUUACCGCAACACGAGCAGAUACGGUACGUGCAACCAGUCACCGACACGCUGAAGGCCAUGCUCGCACUCGGUUGGGUCAUCGACGCUGACGACGCGCAACAUCACGACUCUGUCACCGAUCGACAUCAGUUGCGCAGACCCACCAUCACGCCGGAUGGAUUUUCCCCCUACAACCCAACGCCUCGGGACCUACGCGGUGUGAAUGUAUCGAAAGAAAUGCUCAAUUUGGCAGAACGACUUGCCGACAACGCGCACAAUAUUUGGGCAAGGCAGAAGCUAAGUGAUCUGGAGGCCAUUGGAGGUGGUGUACAUCAACUACUAGUACCGUAUGAGAUCCUGACGGACAAUGAGCGGAAGCGGUAUCGUCGUUUGACACACGAGCUGAUCAAAUACCUUCAGUAUCAUGGGUACCGCUUAGCAAAGCGAGCCACGGGGUCGCAGGUGCUAUCAACCUCCGGAAUGGAAGCUGGCGCUGGGACGGACCCUAGCAGAAGAGUCGACGGACGCGAUACGCAACCUUCGUCUCGCUUUGCUUUCGGGUUGCUGAACAAACUGCUGAAUUAUGUGGAAACGGCCAUGGCGUCUGUGCAUGAAACAAUGCCUAGCCAUCGAUUCAGCUCUUCGAGAACCUGUAUCAUGUCCAACCACGACAUGAAGUUCUUCGUCAAAGUUGUUCUGCCUUUAGUGGAGCGGUAUUUUGAAACACAGUACUGCUACUUUUUGGACCCAUUGGCUGGUGCGUCAAUUCAAGAGAAAAAGAUGGCUGCCACGCUUUUCUGCAAACUCUUCUCGCUGCUUCGUGCCAAGUUGAGCGCUUUUGGUCACGACGUCCAAAUCGCUGUAUCGUGUCUGCAAGGCUUAGUGCAAACGAUCGAUGUGAAGGCCAUUCUGAAGAUGGGCACAGCCGAGGACUACAUCCGCAGUCGCUUGCUUCCAUUCUUCGUCAACUGUGCUGAUGAUCUCUGCGUGUUAAUGCGCAACUUGGAAUCUGGACGUUACUCACACGUAAAAGGAACAAUCAGACGUGGUGCUUGCUCUAUCGAUUACGUGCACAUGGUACUCAUACCAGUGCUGAAAUCAAUGUUCGAACACUUGGCCAAGAACGAUUGUGGAGAAGACUUACUUGUUGGCAACGUACAAGUGACAUGCUAUCGCAUCCUGAAUGCUCUAUACAAACUUGGGACAACCAGCUCAAAACAUGCGAAGCGCACAAGCUUCGUGGAUGAACUAAACAGACACCGCGCUCAAAUUGGUGAAUGCCUGGCCGCAUUGGCUGGCGCGUUCCCUGUGGCAUUUUUGGAACCUGAACUGAAUCAAAACAAUCCGGUUUCCAUCACGUAUGACCAUCAAGGCGGCGAUUAUAGCUUGGAAGCAAGAGAUGUACUCAACGAACUAUCCAAGACAUUGACUGGUCUACAUGAUAUCAUACACGAAGUGGAGCGUUUGGCUGAAUCGGGUGUUGCUGGCGCGGCGGAGACACCACACUUGAUCGAGGUCACUUUACCCAUGCUUUGCUCUUAUUUGCCAAACUGGUGGCGCAAGGGGCCGGAGUGUAUUCACAAAUCACACACCAAGGGGAGCCUGUCUUCGUCAUCUGACGGUCAGCGGCCGAAGAACAGCGUUAAUGGUGACGUUCAGUUGACCAUCAGAUCCACUCCUACCGGGCGUCUGACUAAUGCCUCCGCUCCGCUCACCACUGUGACGGCAGAUUUAAUGAAUCGUGUUCUAGGAAGUGUGCUGCAGCUGAUCCAAUGUAACAUCGACUCUCCACAUGCUCCGUGGAUGACUCGCAUUGCCACCAGAACACAACCGAUCGUGGCCAAUGCCACGGCAGACAUGCUUGGAGUAUACUUCUUGCCCGUAUCCGAACGCCUUUUGGAACAUGCCCUCAUCGUGGAAAAGGUCGAGGAACUUUACAAAGCAGAAAAACGAUCAGGAUCUGAAACGGUGGGAGAGCGCGAGGAAGAACUGACCAGUUUGGUUGAAGUGUUGGUUCGCAAUUUGUACGCCUUUUACCCGCUGCUGAUCAAAUUUGUUGAUCGACACCGAACAGCUUGGCUGAAACACCCAACGCAGGAGACCCAGCGGCUCUUCACAGCAGUGGCUCGUAUGUUUCUGGUGUGGGCCAAAGCUACGAAAUUUAAACGAGAGGAAGAUAAUUUCGUGAGUCAACAUGAAAUAGAUCACUUAUCUCUGAUCGUCCCUUCUGGAGGAGGCACCACCACUACUUCUCGUGGACGGACAACAAUGAACAAUGGUCGUUCAGAGACUACUUCAACUAAGCCUGGCAAACGAAAUAGGGGCGGUGCCCACACCAGCCUUACGGUGGCAUGCAUCAAACGGUUACUGCCAAUCGGGUUGUGUCAGCUCGGAGGCCGUGAACAGGAGUUAGUUUUAUGUGCAAAGCGCAAGUUGAUCCGAAAUGAAACCGACGCGGACAUUGAGGCUUUCCUGCAUUCCGCAUUGGAUCAGAAUGAGGAGGUGGAUCCACGAACCCAACGGUGGCAGAAAUUAGUAUACCAGAAAAUUGACAAAACUGUUGCUCAAACUGGCCGUCAUGCUGCCCUCGGUGUCUCUACGAAGGAGGAGGUGGUGGAUCGAAUUUUGACCCUAUCGAAAGUUAUGCAUGGCCUGUAUCUGGUUGAUCAUCCGCCGACGACAGCCAAGAGUGCAUGGAAAAAGUUGGUUUCGUCCCAGCGCAAGCGGGCCGUCAUGGCAUGUUUCCGGAUGGUACCGCUCUAUGCUAUGCCAGUACACCGUGCCAUCAAUCUCUUUAUCAAAGCAUACAUUGAUGAGUGGCUCAACUACGAGGAGGCACUCGGGGUGAAAUUGAUUGAAGACAUCACUAACACAGAGAGCGGAACAGACUCAGACGUAGCGACCGGUACGGGGGCGCUGACACAGACGAGGGCACCGAUGAGUCACGCGUCGGACGCUGCAUUUAAAGCCAUUGACGAUGCAGCUGCUUCUCAUACACUAGAAUUCAUGGAUUCUGUGCUGGACUUAAGUAUGACGGCUGAGUUGCACGACACGCCGGAGGCUGCCAAUAAACCAGCGCUUUCCACUGGGGCCGUGGACACUUGUGGUCCGGAGGGAAGCAUUACAACCGAAACCUCCACUGCUCCAGAUCCAUUGACGCAGCUUUUAAUGGCACUGAGUCGUUCAGCCAUGGAACAAGCUCCAAAUGACCCUCUUUACCUGGCUUAUGCACGGAUUAUGGGUAAGAGCUGCAGUGGCGAAGAUGAUGAAGACGAAGAAGAGGAAGAGGAAGAAGAUGGUGCCACUUUCCAGGACCAAGAAGAGCAAAAGCUGCAACUACUGAGUGAACAAAAUCGACUAGCAGACCGUGGUGCAGCUGAGAUGGUGUUGCUGCAGCUGGCGGCAGCUCGAGGUGAAGCCACUCCAGUUGCUCAGUCAAGUAUUGAACUGGGAAUCGCUAUUCUUCUGGGAGGCAACAUUUCCGUGCAGAGCCGAAUGCUGGAAUACUUAAAUCGCAAAAAGUUAUCCGGAUUCUUCACCACCUUAGCCGGUCUGAUGCAAAACUGUUCUGUACUAGAUUUAGAUACUUUCGAACGAUGCAACAAAGCUGAAGGAUUGGCCGUCGGGAUAUCAGACAUAAAAGGCAUCACUAAUUUAUAUGAUGCAGACUUCACUUGCAAGAUAUUUCGUUUUUUGCAACUGCUUUGUGAAGGUCACAAUUUGGCUUUCCAGGAUUACUUGCGAACGCAGGCGGGGAACACCGUAUCAGUCAACUUGAUUAUAUGCACGGUUGAUUACUUGCUUCGCCUGCAAGAGUCCAUCAUGGAUUUCUAUUGGCACUAUUCAAACAAAGAGACAAUCGACGCAUCUGGCAAAAACAGCUUUGUCCGAGCAAUUAAGAUUGGCAAGCAGGUAUUCCGCAGUCUAACUGAGUACAUCCAGGGUCCUUGUGUGGGGAACCAACUUGCCCUUGCUCAUAGCCGCUUAUGGGAUGCCGUCGGGGGGUUCAUCUAUGUUUCGGCUCAAAUGCAGGAUAAGCUGAGCAAAGAUCCCGACCAACUAGAGUUGCUUCGUGAGUUUCUAAACCUACAAAAGGAGCUUAUGAUCAUGUUGCUCUCCAUGCUGGAGGGGAACGUCGUGAAUGGACCCAUUGCUCGUCAGAUGGUCGAUACGUUGGCAGAAAAUUCGGCCCAUGUCGAGAUGAUACUCAAAUUCUUCGACAUCUUCCUUCGCAUGAAGACGAUUACUACUUCGGACGCGUUUCUGGCCUUCGAUGUGAACGGGGAUGGAUGGAUUUCACACCGGGAAUUCCGCGCGGCCCUGGAACAACAGAAGACCUACACCGCCGAAGAAAUCAGCUACAUCAUCGCUUGUGUCGACACCAAUGCUGAUGGCAAAGUUGAUUUCAAGGAGUUCACCGAGCGCUUUUAUAAUCCAGCCGAGGAUAUCGGUUUCAACUUCGCUCUUCUGCUGACCAAUCUGUCGGAGCAUGUGCCUUUUGAUCCACGGUUGGAGCGUUUGGUUGGCAAGGCUCGUGGUGUAUUGGACGUGUUCGAACCCCACCUAGGCAGAAUUGAGAUUGCUGGCCCCAAUGGACGUAUUGAACGCGUGUACUUUGAGAUCCGGCAGCAACACAUAGAUCAGUGGGAGGCACCGCAGAUUAAGGAGUCCAAGCGAUCAUUUCUUCAUUCAGCUGCCGGAGAGAGCGGAGAUAAAGAAAAACUCGAAUCCUUUGUCAACUUCUGUGAAGAUACUAUUUUUGAGAUGCAACACGCACAGGAGAUCAAUGGGGACGAGGCGGAUCUGACGUUGACCAAAGCCGCCGCGUUCAAUCGAUUUCUCGAAAUCACCCAGCUGGCAAGCAUUGGUCGUGCAUUUUCUGCAAUCUUCACUUGUAUCCGACCUUCGCACUUGGCCGCCGGAUGGACCAAACUCCGCCAGAUGAGCCUAUCUGAUAUUGCUCUGGCCCUUCUGGGCUUGAUAAUCGGCAUUCUAAUUUGUCUUGGACGUGGUUGCAUAUUCAUCAUCCGACUCGUUUGGUUGAUCAUAGUGGCAAUGGCUUCCGAUGAGAGCAGCCGAAGUGGGGGCCCGAAGACCAUCGCACCAUGGGAACUGCCCGGAUACCAAGAACAACAGUGGUGGCUACUGUCAGAGGAGCAGCAGUUACUACUCGAGCGCGUGGAUCCCACGGAGUUGGCUGCCAUGGAGGAACACUAUGCUGCAAUACGUGCAGCAGCUGCUGCAUCUUCCUCCACCGGGACGGCCACCAGUUCUCGUUCUGGAGCCAAUUUAGGCAUUUCCUCUGAAGAUAGCCCCGCUGGUUUGCAAACUGCUUGUUCCGUCCCCGGUGUCCGUACACACCAAGCAAUCCUUGAACCGAUCAGACAACCAGGAGUUUCGACGAAGGGCCAGGCUGACAAAGAGGACAAAACCCCGCAAUUCAAUACCCGCGGCUACGUUAUCUCCUUGUUUGCGAGCAACUUCUACCGAUUCAAAAUCAGCGCAUUAACGCUAGCUUUCAUCAUUAACUUCCUGCUACUAUUCUUCAAGGUACAUCAGGGCCACAGCGGUGUGGAGGAGGCCAACGGUGACGGUACUGCGGACACGUUGAUUCAAGCAGGACAGAUUCUAAACGACGGUGUAGGUGCACAUGCCACGGAUGGAGGUGACGGCGUUGAACUGGAGGAGUGGGUUACUUUGGCGGAUUCGAGUUCGUACAUUGCUCCAUUGAUCGCCACACUUGCGGUGAUUCAUUCCUUACUAUCGUUCAGCAUGCUGAUCGCAUACUACUACUUGAAGGUCCCCCUAGUCAUUUUCAAACGUGAGAAGGAAAUAUCUCGGAUGCUGGAAUUCGAAGGGAUGUGGAUUACCACGCAGCCAGCAGAUGAUAAUUUACGUGCUCAUUGGGAUAAGCUGGUUCUACCCACCCCCUCUUUCCCACAAAUGUAUUGGGGUAAAUUUGUGAAGAAGAAGGUGCGAAACAAGUACUCAGUGCAAUAUGACUAUGAUGAAAUCACCACUCUGUUGGGAAUGGACAAACCGGCACCAGAUCCAACUAAGAGAAGCAGUUCACUCUUGGGCAUGUUCAGUGGUAUGGAUAUGCAAUACCUUACGUGGAAGUGGGGUGUGGUGUUCACCGACAUUUCCUUUUUAUACCUAGCUGUCUACUUUGCCGCGUCGUUCUUUGGCAACUUCAACUACUUUCUGUACGCAUGCCACCUGCUCGAUGUCGCGGUUUCGUUCAAAACGUUGCGCACCAUUAUCCAAUCGGUUACGCAUAAUGGAAAGCAACUCGUUUUAACCGUCAUGUUGACCUCAAUAGUGAUCUAUCUCUACACCGUGAUCGCGUUCAACUUCCUUCGAAAGUUUUAUGUAAAGGAUAAUGACGGUGUGCAGGAUCCAAAGUGCAACGAUAUGAUGACGUGCUUCAUAUUCCAUCUACACACCGGACUUCGUGCUGGUGGGGGUAUUGGAGACGAGAUUGAGCCUCCGGACGGUGAUGAGUGGGAAAUGUUUCGUAUACUUUUCGACAUGACUUUCUUCUUCUUUGUCAUCGUUAUACUGCUGGCCAUCAUUCAAGGUCUCAUUAUUGACGCGUUCGGAGAUCUUAGAGAUCAGCUGGAACAAGUCAAAGAAGAUUUGGAGUCAAAGUGUUUCAUCUGCGGAAUCGGGAAGGAGUACUUCGACAAAAUGCCCCAUGGUUUUGAGCAACACGUGGAGAAAGAGCACAACUUCGCCAAUUACAUGUACUUUUUGAUGCACAUAAUCAACAAACCGGACACGGAGUACACCGGACAGGAAACCUACGUCUGGGAGCUCUACCAGCAACGUUGUUGGGAUUUCUUCCCUAUCGGUGACUGCUUCCGUAAACAAUAUGAAGAGGAACUGCAGCCGAAGUGAAUAGGAUUCAUGUUGACAAGCCAACUGGCAUUGCACCAUUCCCUUCAUCUGUCCCCUUUCUCCUUUCUCCAGCUUCGUCCCUAGUCCACCCCGUGUCACUGCAGCACAUCAAGUCGCAUGUUAGACAUAGGUUCGAUUGAACCCAAAGGGAAUUGAUUGGGUAUGCCUUUGCGAAAUUACUUUUGGGCUCGCGCGUUGACAACACUGUAACCCGUUUUGGGAAUUGCUUUCUUUGGUAGCAUUCGACCUCAAUCUCCUACACAUAACCCAUACAUCAUGUGCGCCUCCUUACGUAGUCAGCGACGAACGAGUAGAUAAGCUCCUUCCUAUUAGGCUUUCAUCACAUGUAAACUUUAUAAUACAACUUUGUUUAAAAAGAUUGCUUUGCGAAACAUUGCUUCUUUCUUAUACGUAAAAAUACUAGACGGAAUAAAGUUUUUCGAGACC